AUGAUACAGCGAGCCAUGGGCAGCGUCCGAGUCAACCGGUACAGCAUCGUCUCGACCGAAGAGGAUGGACACAAGGUCUCUGCACUGGGCAGCAUGAAUGGGCACAGCCGGAAUGGGAAGGGCCAUGCACCCCGGCGGAAGCACCGCAACCGUUUUGUGAAGAAGAAUGGCCAGUGCAACGUCUAUUUUGCCAACCUGAGCAACAAGUCUCAGCGCUACAUGGCCGACAUCUUCACCACCUGUGUGGACACACGCUGGAGGUACAUGCUUAUGAUCUUCUCUGCUGCCUUCCUGGUCUCUUGGCUCUUCUUUGGCUUCCUCUUCUGGUGCAUCGCUUUCUUCCAUGGUGACCUCAAUGCACCAGUGGUGGGAGGUGGUCCCUCUCUCCUCAAGCCCUGCAUCAUGCAUGUGAACAGCUUCCUAGGGGCUUUUCUUUUCUCAGUGGAGACGCAGACAACCAUUGGGUAUGGCUUCCGCUGUGUGACUGAGGAGUGCCCGCUGGCUAUCAUGGCAGUUGUGGUCCAGUCCAUCGUGGGUUGUGUUAUUGACUCCUUCAUGAUUGGUACUAUCAUGGCCAAAAUGGCAAGGCCCAAGAAGCGGGCCCAGACCCUUCUCUUCAGUCACCAUGCGGUCAUCUCCGUGCGGGAUGGCAAACUGUGCCUCAUGUGGCGGGGGGGGGACCUUCGGGAGGCCCACGUCCGAGCCCAGCUUAUCAAGCCCUACAUGACAGAGGAAGGGGAAUACCUCCCCCUGGACCAGCGGGACCUAAAUGUGGGCUAUGACGUGGGCCUUGAUCGUAUAUUUUUGGUCUCACCCAUUAUUAUCGUUCACGAAAUUGAUGAGGAGAGCCCGCUCUAUGGAAUUGGCAAGGAAGAGCUGGAGACAGAGAACUUUGAGAUUGUUGUUAUCCUAGAGGGGAUGGUGGAAGCCACAGCCAUGACCACACAGGCACGAAGCUCCUACCUCGCUAGUGAAAUCCUUUGGGGUCAUCGUUUUGAGCCAGUUGUGUUUGAGGAGAAGAACCACUACAAAGUGGAUUAUUCACGCUUUCACAAGACCUACGAGGUAGCCGGCACACCUUGCUGCUCAGCCCGGGAGUUGCAAGAAAGCAAGAUGACUAUCCUACCUUCUCCUCCACCUCCCAGUGCCUUCUGCUACGAGAAUGAGCUGGCUCUUGUCAGUCAAGACGAAGAUGAAGAUGAUGAUGAAGUGGGUGUGGUGUUAGGGGGCAGCUCCAAGGAGGAGGGAGGCGUCAUUCAGAUGAUGGAUUUUGGAAGCCAUCUGGACCUGGAGCGGCUCCAGGCAACUCUGCCCCUAGAUACAAUCUCAUACCGCAGGGAGUCAGCAAUUUAA